CUCAAGGACAUCAACAGCGACCUCAGGAAGGAGGAGAUUUAAAAAUGUGGUUCCUCAGUAUUUUGGAGGGGUUCGCCCUCAUUAUCUUGAAUUCUGUUAUAUAUUACAAUUCUCUUGGCUGUGGUUUUGUAUUCGAUGAUGUUUCAGCUGUUAGAGACAAUCAGGACUUGCGUCCGUCUGCGAGCUUGCUUGAAAUUUUUAAAAAUGACUUUUGGGGAACUCCUAUGACUGAGGAAAGGAGUCACAAGUCUUACAGACCCUUCACUGUCCUUACAUUCAAAGCUAACUUUUUGUUACAUGAGCUGAAUCCGUUUGGUUAUCAUGCAGUUAAUAUUCUUCUCCACACCAUUGUUGUACUUUUGUUUUACAAAUUGUGUUUGUGCUACCUACGAAAGGAGGCAGCAUUGUUGAGUGCUAUGCUUUUCUCAGCCCAUCCUGUUCAUACAGAAGCUGUAACUGGUGUUGUUGGGAGAGCUGAACUUCUGUCCUCAGUUAUGUUUCUGUCUGCUGUUUUGUUAUAUAUGGGUGCACUGGACAAAUGCCAUAGUCCAAGUUUCGGGGUUUAUAUCGUCAAUAUCCUGAUAGUCGGCUUUUUAAUAUGUAUUGGGACAUUCUCCAAAGAACAAUGCAUUACAGUUUUUGGUGUUUUCCUUGCUUAUGAACUUUUCAAAGUUUAUCAGAAAACUUUGUCAUGUGGAUUUGAACUUUGGUUUCCUAGUUUCAAGAAAAAGACUUCUCAAAAGGCUGGGAUAUUGAACGAAGUUAUUCCUAGCGCUUACAGACUACGUCCUUCAUGGACCUCUUAUGCCCCUGUCUACAGGAUUUUUAUCCUGUUUCUGUUCGUCAUUGCUGUUAUGUUUGCACGUAUACGUAUAAUGGGUGGACAGUUACCACAUUUUACAGAAUUUGAUAACCCAGCUGCACACGCGCCUCCGCUAAUUCGCCGUCUCACUCAUCUGUAUUUGAUUCCUGUAAAUCUUGGUCUCUUGAUAUUACCGUCAAACCUUUGUGCUGACUGGACUUUGGGAAGUCUUAAACUCAUUGAUGGUUGGACAGAUGCACGUAAUAUUUUGACGCUAAUUGCUUUUGGUUUCAUUUCUUUACUUGCAUUAAUCUCCCUCAGUUGGAAAACACCCUCAAAUCAAAGUAAAACCAUAUUUAUGGCACUAAGUCUGAUGGUAUUCCCUUUUAUCCCAGCUAGUAAUUUAUUCUUCCCCGUUGGCUUUGUUGUUGCUGAACGGGUUUUGUACACACCAAGUCUCGGUUUUUGUUUACUUAUUGGAUUGGGUUAUGAAAAUCUGACUGGAUCCACCUCUUUUCAAACAAAGAACAUGGCUCAACCAAGGCCACUGGAAACAAAGAAAAUGCACAGUUCUAAACGUAAUAUUCACUAUCGAAAAUAUUCACGAGUGCUAAUGGGACUGGUGAUCGGUGCGUUUGUGUGUAAGACUGUCCACCGGAACAAUGAUUGGAAUAACGAAUACAGUCUAUUUACAUCAGCUCUUAAAGUCAAUCCAAACAAUGCCAAAAUGUGGAAUAAUGUAGGUCAUUCUCUAGAAGCUGAAGGAAAAUUCUCUGAAGCACUUGGCUAUUUCAGAAAAGCUGUCGAUGUUCAGCCGAAUGAUAUGGGUGCACGGAUUAAUGUUGGCCGUACAUACGUGAAUCUAGGAAUGCUAGACAAAGCAGAGGAAGCAUACUAUGGUGCAUUAGAAUAUUUUCCGAAACCGAGGAAAGGUCAAACAUACUACGCUCGUGUCUCUCCCAAAGAUCUCAUGGUCUUUAUUAAUCUUGCUAAUCUGUAUAUCAAUAAGUCACCACCGAGGCUUGAAGAUGCUGCUGCUCUUCUGAGUCGAGCUAUUUCAUUACGAUCGGAUUUUGUAGACGCCUAUCAGAACUAUGGUAGUGUAUUGAUCAAAUUAGGAAAGUAUAAAGAAGCUGAAAAGGCGUAUAGGCAGGCUUUAAUUUACCAACCGAAAAAUGCAGACUUAAAUUAUAAUUUGGGAGUUGUUCUCCUAGAAUCUCAACAGACGGUGGAAGGAUUAUCGUAUUUGAAUACUGCUCUAACUUACAAUCCACACCAUCAGCCUUCUCUGUUUGCUGUCGCAUCAACACUUAGUGAAUCCACCAAUGUCACAGACCAAAAACAAGCAAUAGAUAUUUAUGAAAAUCUAAUAAAACAAAAUUUCGAACCAAUCAAAGUACAUUUUGCGUUGGGUAUGCUGGAAACUGAUAAGAAGAAUUAUACAAAAGCAGCUAAGCACUAUCAAGAAGUGAUUCUCCUGGAGCCAAACCAUAAAGGUGCCUUGUUCAAUUUAGCUUUACUUUAUCGAAAUCAUCUUGGGAGGCCGAAUGAUGCCUGCGAUCUGGCUCUUCAUCUUAUUCAGGUGAUUCCCAUCAGUAUAUUUUGUUUUGUUUGAGGCAUCUGAUUAAAUAAUAAAGGUUUUUGUAUUUGUAAAUUCCGGUUUAAUAAUACUUUGAUAAAGCUAUUAGCAUUAAAUAGCGAAACGUCAGUAAAAACAAUAUCGUUUUGUUUUUUAUUCAUUGGGAAAUACAAAAGCCUUUAUUAUAAUGAAUAUCAUAUACCCAAUGCCAAAAUUUUUUCAAACUGUUGAACGUGAACUUGGUUUGGACAUAUAUAACAUCUGAUUAAAUGUUGAAUUUCGGAAUAGCAUGAACGAUUUACUACCUAGGUAGAUAUUUGUUCAGAGGACCUAGUGAUUACACACAAUACAUAUGGUGGUAAUCUGAAAUUCUGUUUUUAUUGUACUAUAUACGGCGACCAACCAAUUCCUGAAACUCUCAUAUUUACUAAGAAUGAUGCGAACAAAUAAAUAUACUUGCUAAGACUAGUCGUCAGCAUCAAGCAGACAAAGUAACACAGAAUUGUACCUUAACAUGUUGUCAGAGUUCUUCUCUUAUAUUAAUGCAAAUUUUGAUUAGUUUGUGCCUAAAUGUCUUGAUAGAAGUUUCUUGAAUUCUAAAGAUCAGAUUUUCUCUUCACUUCAUAGAUUCAUCCUUCGCAUAUAAAAU